AAUAAUAAUAAAAAAAUUAGAAAAUGUUGAAAGUGCAAAUCAAAAUUGGUUUGAAGAGGCUAAAUCACAUUUAACUAUAAGUAAUAAAUGGCCGGAUGUUGUUCGAUGUUAUGGUUUAACACAAAAUCCAUCAAAUGGAAAUUAUAUGCUUGUAAUAGAGAAAAUGGAUAUAGAUUUAAGAAAAUAUUUACAACAAAAUCAUAAUCAACUUACAUGGAAAGAUAGAAUGAAAAUUAUUGACGAAAUAACUCUUGCACUUUAUUAUAUUCAUGUAGAGAAAGCUAUGCAUAGAGAUUUGCAUUCUGGAAAUAUAUUAUAUUCACAAUUAAAUAAUCAUUGGUAUAUUAGCGAUCUUGGAUUUUGUGGACCUGCUGAUAAAUCUUCAACAAGUAUAUAUGGAAAUCUUCCUUACAUAGCACCCGAAGUUAUUGUUGGAAGAGAAUAUACUUUUGCAUCUGAUAUUUAUAGUAUUGCAAUUCUUAUGUGGGAAAUUUCAUCUGGACAACCACCAUUUAUAAAUUAUGAACAUGAAAAUGAUAUUGUAAUGAAUAUUAUUAACGGUAUAAGGCCAAAAAUUGUGCCAGAAACUCCAUUAGAAUAUAAAAAUUUAAUGAAAGAAUGUUGGGAUGCUGAUCCAUUAAAAAGACCUACCGCUUAUAAACUUAUGAGAAGAAUAAGCAGAAUUCAUUUAGAUUAUCAAAAUAUGUCAGAUGAUUUAUUCAAAUCAGAAAAAAAUAAUUUAGAAAUGAAUAAAGUAGAAGAAAAUUAUACGAGUAGCAGAUUAUCUACAAGUAAAAUUCACAACUUUGGAAAUCUACCUGAACCAAGAAAUGCAACAGAAGGUAUAAAUAAGUGUAUAAUAUUUUAUUAUCGAAUGUAUUUAUUUUAA